AUGGAACUAAAGUUUACACCAACAAAGAAUCUACAAAUGUCAAUAUUCAGAACGCCACAAGAAUCACCCUCUUUAAUAUCAUCUAUAAGAUCUGCCGAUCAAGUUAAGUGCAACCAAUCUUUGGCCUAUGGCUACCUUCAUCGUUCAUCACGUUUUAGCUCAAGAAAGUUGAGGGCUCAUUGUUGCUCAAGCUUCAAUGUAUUCCCCCGUGAAAACAGUGUUCACAAGAGCAUAGAAUUGAAUCCUUCAAAGCGGCCUUUACCCUCAAAGGUCGAGUUCCUAGAUCCCACAUCGCUCGGAAUCUGCUCGGAGCCAUCGAAUUGGCCUGAAAGAGAUGAGAUUCGAAGGUUCACCAUCGAACAAAAAGCAAGCAACGUGGGGAUCCCACAUUCACUGAGGUUGCGAAAACAAAGGGGGAAGUUGGAUAGUUUCGUUGAUAAUGCAAGUGGAUUUGCAUAUUCCUCUGUUAAAAACGCCAUUUCUUCGUUAGUUUUCAUCAUCAGAGAGAUCCAAAACUACACGCUGAUAAUUAGGGAAAGUCUUUAUUCCGAAGAUUUAGUGGAUGUCAUGUCUAAAAUCCAACAAGACAUGACGUUAACCUUUGUAUGGCUGUUCCAACAAGUGUUUUCCGAAACGCCGACACUCCUGGUUUACGUCAUGCUUCUUUUGGCAAAUUUUUCUGUUCAACCAAUGGCAGAAAAUGCUUCUUUUGAUGUAAUCCAACGACAAGGAUUCACUCAAAAUGUUGUUACAGCAAUCGUGUUGGUUUCAGACAAGGAAAGUGAAAAAGAAGAACAAGAAGAUCAAUGUCCAAAGGCCAAUGAUGAGGUUAGGUUAUGGGAACCAAUGGUGGAAGAGGCUUCGAGGAUAAGGGGGGAGUCGGUUCAUGAUAAAGCCUUGGAAUAUCAAAUAAGGCAACAAUUGGUUUCUCCAUUGCAUGAGGAGGUUGAACCAGAUAACCACGAACCUAAUAAUUCUCUUUUUCUAACAAAUUAUGCUCAGUUUCUUCACCUUGUUGUCAAGGACUAUGACAGGGCAGAAGAGUACUUCAAACGUGCUAUUGAGGUGGAACCUCAAGAUGCCGAGGCAUUGGGACUAUAUGCUGAUUUCUUAUGGAAAGUGAGAAACGAUCAGUGGGGAGCUGAAGAAAUGUACAUACAAGCUGUCGAGGCUGACACCAAAAACCCCUUUCAAGUAUCAAAAUAUGCAAAUUUCUUAUGGAGCACUGGUGGCGAAGGCACUUGUUUUGUAUUUGAUGAAUCAAAAUAG